GCUUUUGGCUUUGAUGACACAAUUGGUUGCUGGUUGGACCUGGAGAUGGGCACCAUUCAGUGGUCGAAAAAUGGCAUCCUUCAAGGGGAGGCUUAUCGUCUUCCAACGAGCUACCUCUCAGAUACCACCUUCUAUCCAGCUCUUACUUUGAUUGAUACUACCCUUGAUGUCAACUUUGGCAAUUGGCCUUUUAUUCACUCACCUGGAUCUGCUCAGGCAGUACGCGAAGUUAUCGCCUACUCUUCUCUCUUCCAAUCCCCUGUUCAUCAGGUUUCUUUGAAAGAGGAUGUCCACAGACUCCCUGAUGUCCCGUUUUCUGGUGUUCUCUCCAUAUGA